CUCACCGAUUCGCUCCCAUCGGCCAUCACACCGCCCUCUUCAUUGUCCUCAUCUGAACACAAUCAACCACAGGCACACACAUCGACCCAAAUCAACUGCUGCGGCGUUCGGUGCUGACCGUCAGGCUCAUCGCCGCUCUGGAGUUGCUGCACGGCGUCGACGUCCAUCGGGGGCUCCGCGGCGACCUCCUGCUGCUGCUGAGCUGCUGCUUGUCGUGCGGCCAUGAGUGGGGCUCGGUGUGCACACAGAGAGAUAGUCCUACUACCUCUUCGACGACCUGACAGUGACACGCACACAAGGAGGAAUGAGGGCCCUUCCUCCACCGAGGACGCUAUUGCUCUUUUCCGCCUGCCCGCGUACCCUCUUGUGUCCUGUCCUCUUCGGACGGGCCCUCACCUCACACAGACUAAAGCAGAUCUGCCGCCCUGGACUCACGAAUCACGAUGAGACGGAAGCUGGGGGACGCCCGUGGCGUAUUGAGGUCGCCUGGGCUCCACUGGCGGUGAUAUCAAACGCUCCUCGCGCACUUCUUAGCUCGCCCUAGGGUGGAGGGUUCAAACCCUAACCCUCUAGAUUUGAUGGGUGACUGAUUCGGUCAGUGCAUGUGGAGCGUGCGUGGGUGAUUCCUGUUGCGUAUCGUUCGUUUGACUGUGCGUGAAAGACACCGGACCAGGCUUUCGGGCCAUCUUGACAU